AUUCGAAGCGGCCAUGAACUACACGUACAACCAGCGCGAGCAGCAUGAGCCGAUGCUUGGAAAGCAUGCGGCGGAGCAGCGCAACAACCACCGACACGGAAGCCCACCCGUGCAGUCCAUGCGCCUUGAGACCCCUGCGCCGAAGUGUAACGAUGCGUUUUUCGCGAUUCUGUUCGUAGGCCACCUCGUCGCGAUAGCGUACUUUGCGUUCACGUCGGGACUGGACUACCUCAAGCACUUUGAAGAGGAACAUCCGUCGCAAGCCGCGCAGAAGAGCUUUACUAUGGUUCUUGGCGUGAGUGGCAGCCUCAUUGGGCUGUCGGUCGUCUUCUCGGCGCUGUGGAUCCAAGUCUUGAUGGCUUGCGCAGAGAACAUGAUUCGAUUUGCACUCUGGAUGAACGUCGGCCUCAUGUUUGGCUUUGCCAUCAUGUCGUUGUUUGUGAAUCCGUUCGUCGGGCUGUUCUUCCUGCUCGGCGCCGCGAUUAACAUUUGCUACAUCAACGCCGUGCAGAACCGCAUUGCAUUCGCUAGCGCACACUUGAAACUUGCUUGUGUGGCGUUGAGCAAGCACAAGUCGAUUUUUGUCUUGGCCCUGUUCUUCAUCCUUGUCCAGGUCGCGUGGCUAAUCACGUGGUCGGUCAGCGCAGUCGGUGUGUACCAACUCUUUCGUGUGGCGGACCCCAACUGCGAGAAGGAGGAAUCGCACGGGACCUUGUGCGGUGGAACGGGCUUCAACGUCGCGAUUUUCUUCUUGCUCGUAUCGGUCUACUGGGGCCAGCAGGUCAUCCAAAACGUGAUGACCUGCACCGUCGCCGGCACCGUCGCCACGUGGUGGUACAACACCCACACCGACCGCGCUGUCGCCGGCUCGCUCUACCGAUCGCUCACGUCCUCGUUCGGGUCCAUUUGCUUUGGGUCGUUGAUUGUUGCCGUGUUGCAGGCGCUUCGCACGAUUGUCCGCACGAUCAAGAACAAGGCGGCGGAAGACGACAACGCGGCGCUCGCGUGCGUGGCUUGCCUGGCGGAAUGCAUCCUGAACUGCAUUGAGAGCCUCGUCGAGUACUUCAACAUGUGGGCGUACACGUACGUCGGGAUCUACGGCUUUGACUUCCGCACGGCUGGGAAGGCUGUGAUGCAGCUGUUUGAUUCGCGUGGCUGGACCGCCGUAAUCAACGACGACUUGUCGUCCACGGCGCUCUCAAUCGGCGCGUUCGGCGUCGGUGUGCUCACGUGCGUGGUUGGGCUGGUUGUCGCCAAAUUUGCGCCGGCCGAUUGGGUCGCCGGAUUCGGCGGCGACGACACGACUCGCUAUGUGAUCUUUGGCGUGUUGGGCUUCAUUGCGGGGGUGAGCAUGGCGAUGAUCCUGGCCAACUUGGUCAUCACUGCGCUGCAUACGAUCUUUGUCUGCUUUGCGGAGGACCCCGUUUCGUUCCAACGAUCGCACCCCGAACACUACAACGAACUCAUCUUGACAUGGCGCCACUUCCAGCCGGACGCGUUGGUCGCUGCCUACGGAUCCUACGUCUAAAUGAGCGCGUGUCUGGGAUGAUCGAGUUGACAUGGGAGUUGUCGCGCUCCAUGCAUGCAUAUAAUUCCAAAGCUAUCUUUUUGUUGGGAUACA